CUCACUGCUCCUCUGCGCAGCUCCGCCUCGGACUCUGUUGAUCUGACUCAGGAGCUGCGUCUUCUUAAAGCGACACGUCUGUGAUGAAGAAGAGGAGCGGGCACAGAGGAGGAAGAGACCCGGAGGAUGCAGAGGAAGAGACCGGGGAACAGCAGCAUCCGCCUCCUGCCGCCUCCAUCUUCUCCUGCGCCUCCCGGUUAUGAAACAAUCUGUAAUCUGAUGCUGGAUGUCCGCAGAAAGACCUCCAGGACCCCCCCCUCUCCAUCCUCCUCCACCCUCCUCUUCUCUCCAUCCCCGGAUCAUACAUGGACCGUCCGUGCGUCACGCUCCUUCCUGCUGCGUCUUUUCCUCCGCAGCCGCGUCGCCACCUCCUCUCCUCGUGUUCAGGUUGAUAUGAGCCCUGCUCCUCUCGGCUCCUCCUCACCGACUCCUGCUCCUCUCUGCGCCUCCUCACUGACUCCUCCUGCACUUCUCCUCUAAACGUGAGUAGACCGGCGGUUCUCCGGCCUUCUGCCGCGCGCCCCCUCCCCCCCUCAGUCCAUGAACCCUGUCGGAAGAUAACGCUGCGUCCCCCGCGGCACCGCAUCAGCGUCACCUCCUUACAUGGACCGUGCGUGAAUCUGCGUGUCUCUGCCCCCCCUCCCGGCCCUGGCCGUGCGGCUGAUGCGGUGUUGGUGCGCGCUCUCUGCUCCUCGGCUGCGGGGCGCACGGCGGCAGGAUGGUGCGGAUCGCCAGCGCGCUCGGGCUCGUGAUGUUCAGCGUGGCGCUGCUCAUCCUGUCGCUCAUCAGCUACGUGUCCAUCAAGAAGGACUUCCUGCUCAGCACCCCCCGCUACGGAGCCAACGGAGGACCCAGGAUGUACAUGUUCCACGCGGGGUUCCGCUCCCAGCUGGCGAUGAAAUAUCUGGACCCAGCGUUCACUCCUCUGACCAACUCUCUGAGCGAGGACCUGCAGAACUCCUCCAGGUGGAGGUACAACAGCUCUGCUUUCAUUCAGCAGAAGACGGAGAUCGCUCAGUACAUCGACAUCCCGCACAACUUCUCCCUGAUCCGAAGCUCGGUGAGAACCGGUCAGCUGAUGCAUUACGACUACUCCAGCCACAAGUACGUCUUCUCCAUCGGUGAGAACUUCCGCUCGCUCCUCCCCGAGGCCUCGCCCAUCCUCAACAAACACUACAACGUCUGCGCGGUGGUCGGGAACAGCGGCAUCCUCACGGGCUCGCGCUGCGGACCCCAGAUCGAGAAGUUCGACUUUGUGUUCCGCUGCAACUUCGCCCCGACGGAGCUCUUCAAGAAGGACGUCGGGCGGCAGACCAACAUGACCACGUUCAACCCCAGUAUCCUGGAGAAAUACUACAACAACUUACUGACCGUGCAGGACAGGAACAACUUCUUCCUGAGCCUGAAGAAGCUGGACAGCGCCAUCCUGUGGAUCCCGGCGUUCUUCUUCCACACGUCGGCCACAGUGACGAGGACGCUGGUGGACUUCUUCGUGGAGCAUCGGGGUCAACUGAAGGUCCAACUGGCCUGGCCGGGGAACAUCAUGCAGUACAUCAACAGCUACUGGAAAACCAAGCAGCUGUCGCCGAAGCGCCUGAGCACCGGCAUCCUCAUGUACACGCUGGCGUCGUCCAUGUGUGACCAGAUCCACCUGUACGGCUUCUGGCCCUUCGGCUGGGACCCCAACACGGGCAAGGAGCUGCCCUACCACUACUACGACAAGAAGGGCACCAAGUUCACCACCAAGUGGCAGGAGUCGCAUCAGCUGCCGGCCGAGUUCAAGCUGCUCUACAAGAUGCACACGGAGGGACUGCUGAAGCUCCGCCUCUCGCACUGCGUGUAGAGCUGAAGCUCCGCCUCUCCGACUGUGCUUAGAGCUGAAGCCCCGCCUCUCGCACUGUGCUUAGAGCUGAAGCUCCGCCUCUCGCACUGCGUGUAGAGCUGAAGCUCCGCCUCUCGCACAGUGCGUAGAGCUCAAGCUGAAGCUCAAGCUGAACUCUGCUCUGACGUUUCCACAGAUCAGAUGAAUCAAAAUGACAAAACGGACCAGGGCCUGAUUCGUGUGCUGAUCUCAGUUCGUGAUCCUCGAGUUAACGUCCAGAUGAACCGUUACAAACUGCAGCAGCUCGAGAGACGAGACGACUUUGUGUUUGACUCGAGGAUCUGAAGUGGAACAGGACUAAAGAUCGUUAUCUGUCUGUGAGAUGAACUCGUGGGAAAAGUCGUCUGAAUAUCACAAACUCAAACUACUCAAUCCAGUUCCCUCUCUCUCUUCAAUCUUCAGCUACGAGUUCCCGUAAUGAAACCUCAUUGGUCAUUGGAUCAUCAAGCACCACGUCGGCCAAUCAGAUAGAAGCAUUCGUUCCUGGAAGUGGGAGAGGGAACUAAUGAGUAAAAAUCUUGCCUCAUAUGAUCAUAAACAGUUUUGACAUAUAGUCUCAUAUCUCAUAUCUCACACUUCAGGUCUGUUAAUAAGCUGGAUCAUGUGUCCUGAUGUCACUCGAUCACUGCUGCGUCUCCCAGUGUCUCUGCUGCGUCUCCUCGUGUCUCUGCUGCGUCUCCUCCUGUCUCCCCUGCAUCUCCCAGUGUCUCUCCUGCGUCUCCCAGUGUCUCUGCUGCGUCUCCCAGUGUCUCCCCUGCGUCUCCCAGUGUCUCUCCUGCGUCUCCUCGUGUCUCUCCUGCGUCUCCCAGUGUCUCCCAGUGUCUCUCCUGCGUCUCCCCGUGUCUCUGCUGCGUCUCCUUGUGUCUCUGCUGCGUCUCCUCGUGUCUCUGCUGCGUCUCCCCGUGUCUCAGCUGCUUCUCCCAGUGUCUCUGCUGCGUCUCCCCGUGUCUCAGCUGCUUCUCCCAGUGUCUCUGCUGCGUCUCCCUGUGUCUCUCCUGCGUCUCCCAGUGUCUCUGCUGCGUCUCCCUGUGUCUCUCCUGCGUCUCCCAGUGUCUCUCCUGCGUCUCCCAGUGUCUCUCCUGCGUCUCCCAGUGUCUCUCCUGCAGAGCUUCUAGGGGACCUCGCUGCCGCUCGACUAAAUGUCAGGACUCAUGAGAAGCUUCUCCUCGUGCGGACGUAAGAACAAAAAACCUAAUAAUACAAAUAGAUUCAUGCUUGAGGGCUUUUACUUUGAAGGAGACAAACUCCUCUGUCAGUUGUUACCUCGGCUCAGUGAGUUGUCUUCACACCUGAACAAAUGGUCAGUUAGUUAGUUUGUCUCUUCGUGAAGAUCACUGACGUCAACCAGCUGCUUGUGUCUUCAACUCUAUGCACCAAUCAGGACGAGCCCCUGCUUGUUGACCUCAUGUCCUCGAGGACGUGUUUAUAGUUUUGAUUCCUUUUGUUUCUGUCUCAGAUGAAGAAGGUUAGAAACCAGGUGAUGGACGUUGUUAGAAUUGUGUCUUUGUCCCUUGGUCGUGUGAAAUCGUCACUUUGUCCAAACGUCUCCUUUCACACCCAGUUAAUCUGCUGGUGUGCUGCUGGAGGGAUUUUACACUGAAGAGGACGUGAAACAGAUCUGUCGGUUCUGAUGUUAGAUUUCUGUCCCUCUGGAUCCGGGGACUGGAUCCAGUCCCAACCUGUUGUUCUGUCGUCUGUUAACGUCACGAUGUUCGAUUCCCUGAGGUUUGAACCCAGAGGCCGACUGAAUGUUUCUGGUUCUGGAGAAUUCACAUCGUAUCCUGAAAGGUCCGGAGUGCUUCACACUCUGUUGUCAGGGACUUUGGACUUAUUAUAAUAAUGGUUCAGUUAUGACGGUUGUUAAGCGGGUCAGGGAUCAGGUGUGUUGCUGUUAGUGGUGUGAUUUAAGUGUUUUUCAAUCAUAUCUAAUGUAAAUCAUGAUUUUUAUCUUUGCUGCAGAGAAUCGUGGAUUAUUUCUCUGACGUGCAUCUGUUUCUAUUUCUUAGUUUUUUCUUUAAGUUUCAUUCCAACGUGAGAUUCCUGUGACUUGAAACGUUUUCUGACUCGUGACAAAACGAUUGUCGUCGGUUGAAUUCCCGUGUGUGAUGAGAACAAUGGAAUUUAUGAUCUGAGCACACGACAACACAUUCAAUGUUUCUGUAAUAUACCAAGUCAGUGAAACAUCAGGUUUCUAAAGAAUGUAUUUGCUUUUUGAAUGAAACUCAGAUAUUAUAUUAACGAGCCUGAUUCCUUCCAUAUCAAUAAGUCUUUAGAUUUCACUUUACCAAGAGUAACAUUCUACUAAAGCCAGAUUUAGACGUCACACACAACAUGACGUGGGAUAACGAAUAAGUUUCAAUCAUCCAAUACUUGAAAUAUAUCUACUCUGUAUUUAUUUCCUCAUUUAGUUAUUAAAAUGAAUGAAAUCAUAAAUUUGACAAAGUGUCUUGUUUCAGUGAACUGA